CCAUCUCUACACCGCACGUUCCCAAAAAAAGUACGAUAGUGUGUGCAUGCUAUAAUUUAUUUUCCAAUUUGUCGUCCAAAAAGUGCCGUAUAAAAAUGUUUUAAACUUCUCACUCACAAGUCCAGGCCAUAUGAGAAGAAUAAAUUUAUCUAAAACCUACAACGAAUUAUUAAAAGCGAACAAUUUUUGUAUAAGAAAUGAACGUUUUUUUUUCUACAUAUUUUAACCAGUGUCUCUUAUUGUUGUAGUAUUAGUGUGUAUUCGCGUCCCUGUCCCUCUCCCGUAUCAAUUGAAUCGCGAAAUCCAGCAUAAAGAUGUGUGCUGCUCGGUAGUGAACGUUUUUGUUAUAAAAAGCGUAAAAUUAAAUAAAACCCGAAAGGGGAAAGAAAACGAAAAUUUAAUUCGACAAUCGUUGGAGAGACUUACAAAUCAACUAUUUAAGAUUUGCUAAGGAAUUUUGUUUUUUUUUUUUGGCUAGAGAAAAGCAAAAUCAACCAAAAUGCAACCAUCACCGUUACAUUAUUCCACAAUGCGUCCACAGGCGCCCGGAUCGCUGGCCGAUCCCAAUGAGGAAGAGUUACGCCUGGCUCCCUGGUAUUGGGGACGCAUUGAUCGCGAGGAGGCCAAGAUUAUAUUGCAUGGCAAGCCCGACGGGAGUUUCCUGGUGCGCGAUGCUCUUUCGAAGAAGGGAGAAUACACAUUGACCCUGAUGAAAGAUGGCAACGAGAAGCUGAUUAAGAUCUGCCACAUGAACGGCAAAUAUGGAUUUGUUGAGAAAUAUCUAUUCAGUUCUGUGGUGGAUAUGAUUAACUAUUACAAGGCCAAUUCUCUGAUGAUGUAUAAUAAAACGUUGGACAUUACGUUAAGUAAUCCCAUUGUUCGCACAUACGAGGAGGAUGAAUAUCAACCGCAGGGCGAUUUGCGUUUGCUUAGCAAUGAUUUUCGCCGUGUCUCGCAGCUAUUGCAGCAGCAGGAACAAAUGCUCGAUCAAAAGAAGACAUCGUUCAAUGCCAUUAGAGAGGAGCUACAGGAGAAGAAAUUGCAUCAGAAUGUUUUUGGCAAUGCCGAGAAAAUGUUUCGUGAUCAAAUAAAGGUCAUUGAAUCGUUUAUUAGGCAACCACCAGUGAAUACAGCUGGAGCAGGAGGAGGACCAGCUGUUGGUAGCGGUGCUGGUGCCGCAUCAGCAGCAUCGUUAUCAUCAUCGUGCACAACGAAUAAUGCCGCAACCCGCCAACAGGAGCAAGAACAUCUACAGGAGAGUCUUGCCCAAGCCAAUGCCCAUCUCGAUGAGUUGCAUUCAAAAAUGGAAAAACUGAAUCAUUAUAUCGAGAACAAAAAGGAAGAUGAGCUGCUACUGGAGCGGCAAAUCAAUGCGGCCAAACCGGAGUUACAAAUGCUUCAAUUGCGCAAGGACAAAUUCAUUGAGCGCCUGAAAACUCACAAUCUCACAGUGGAUGAUAUGAAUGCAAUUCUUGAGAUGGGCUUCGAUAAGUGGCGGCAACAUUACGAACUGGUCUCGAAUCAACCACAUCGCAACGAGUCCUUGUGGUUCCUCAACGAUGCCAAGCGACGUGAUGCAGAGGAACUGCUCAAAGGUGCACCGACGGGCACAUUUCUGAUACGUGCCCGCGAUGCUGGUCAUUUCGCUCUGUCGAUUGUAUGCAAGGGUAGUGUACAUCAUUGCAUCAUCUAUGAGACGGAAAGUGGUUUUGGUUUUGCAGCCCCGUACAAUAUAUAUCCAACCCUAACGAAACUAGUUGAUCACUAUGCCUCGAACUCUCUGGAAGAGCACAAUGACACAUUGACCACCACGUUGCGUAUUCCGGUAAUGCAUUGGGAUCAAAACAAACAGCAUAUAUUAGAGGAGAUGCAAGAAGAGGUGGACUGCGUCUUGGAUGCCGAUCAACCUGAUGGUGCUGCUGCCUCUAUGAUGCCUCCGCCACAAUCGCAAGCCGCAAGUGCUCCCAUCCCAACGACAAGGGUUCGUGAUCAUUAUCAGCAUCAGGAUACAGUGGAUGGUGGCGAUGGUGCAACGGAAACGCCAACGUCCACCACUUCUCCUUCAAAUUUUAGUGUUUCGCAAUAGGCAGCUAGGAACAGAGAAAGAAAGAGAGACAGCGAGAGGGAGAGAACUUAAACUCUCGUGUCGGCUUCUUCUUUAAUCUCCAGUCUUCAACAUAAACAAACAAAAAUGAAACAAAACAAAAAAUUGUAACCCUCAGGCUAGCUAGCUAGAGAUGUAGCCCCUCCCUAUGGGAACCAUUGCUCCAAAAAGCUCUUAUCUCUCUAAACUAUCCAUAUACUAUAUAUAUACUAUAUAUACUGAUUAUAUAUAUGUAUAAAUAUUUUUGUGUGUGAUGGCGGCAGUUCAACUGCCACCCGCUCGAAACAGAAACAAGUAAAUUUUGGUGAUCAUGUUGUUAGAAGCGUGUUGUCAGGUAAAUUGUCUCCGAUUUAAUAGGAAUCGCAGUGUUUUUAUAUAUAUUUAUAUAUAUAUCCAAUAUAUUUGUUUUUGUAAUACUGCAUUUUGCGUGAUAAUUGAUAAGUGGAAGCUAUCUAGAUUUCAAGUAUAUCCUUACCAUAUACCCCCCAAUUAUGUUUAUAUAUAGAUAUAUUUAUGUGUAUAUAUACAUAUAUCUAUAUAUUUUUUUUAUAUAUAUGCAUGAAUAACAAAAAAGGUUCUGUCCAUCACGCUGUGCGUUGAGAAA